GCUUUUAGCUGGUGUGACAGAUUGUUCUCACAAAGCAAGUGGUUAAAGUGGUGUGCUGACACUUGGGGAGUUUUCCAGCAGCCCUUCCAUGGUGGGAGCUGUCAGUUAAUGCUCUGAGAGAAUGGGAAGCUUUUCCUCAAAAGAAGCUCCAGUUACACCAGAACCCAUUUACCCUACCACCACUGUCCCUACCACUGCCCACACCCCUACAGCUGAUUUCAGAGCUGCAGAAGAGAGAUGCUGGAUUAAUAACCACGAAACACUGUACGUGUCACUGGCCUUCAUCUCUGGCAUCCUCCUGACCGUCCUGGUUUUUGCAAUCAUCUUCCUCUUCAGGAAAAGUUCUAAAAGAUCCCACCAAAAUUUACCACAGGAAACUUUCACCCAGAGGGCAGCUGAGGAAUCUCUUAGGAACACCCAGAAUGAAGUGACCUACAGCACUCUGGUCUUCCAGCGGGGCAGGACACCGCUGCCUGUGUGAUGAGCAAGUUCCAAGUGAAAUCAGAAUGGUCCCACUUUCUGGACAGCAAAAGCCACGAGGAUGUUACACCAAGGGAAGGCCCUGGGAAAGCCCCCGUGCCCUCUGUAACACAGCUCUUUUUGUAGCUAUGACAGGAAAUUGUCUCCUGUUCAAACUGGCUGCCAACAGCUGCGGGCAAAUGGAGUUUCUGUACAGGAUUUCUUCAUCUGUAGAAAUCUCCCUGCCCUUGUAAAGUUUCCGUUUGUGAGAACUGCCAGAGAGAAAUGAGAAAUGAAAAUGUUUCUCUGCAUCUA